CAAAAAUUAAAAAACCAAAGCAAAAUUUUACGUCCUAUUUAUGGUUUUAGCCUUAUAUCGGAGAAGUAUAAACGAAGCAAAGUGAACAGACGAAAAUGGCGACCACAACGCGGCAGAGGCGGCCGCUGCUAUCAGAUCAACCAUCAUCAUCUUCAUACUCUAAGCUCGACAAGCCUUCUCAUCGUGCUGGCGAAGGGGAGGGCAGCACUAAUGGAGGUUUAGGCUGGGGAUUGCCAUUGUUUGCACUUGGUAUGCUCAGAUACAUGAGUGCUACAUCCAAUAUUAUUCAUGAUUGCGAUGAAGUUUUCAAUUAUUGGGAACCUUUACACUUUCUUCUUUACAAGUCUGGUUUUCAGACUUGGGAAUACAGUGCUCAAUAUGCUCUCAGAUCUUAUUUGUAUAUAAUUUUCCAUGCUAUUGUGGGAGGACCAGCGUCAAUUUUGUUUGAAGACAAGGUGAGAGUAUUUUAUGUGGUAAGGCUCUUUCUAGGGCUUAUCUCGGUGGUCACAGAUUCAUUUCUUGUUGUAGCAAUUUCUCGAAAGUAUGGAAAACGUCUUGCCUGUUACACCCUUGCAAUGCUAUGCUUAACCAGUGGAUGUUUCUUUGCUAGUACAAGUUUCUUGCCAAGUUCAUUCUCUAUGUAUGCUAUGUCGCUUGCAUCCGCGUUCGCCCUUCUAGAAAAACCUGCUUUAGCUGUUGCUGUUUCUGCGAGUGGGGUUAUUAUUGGCUGGCCCUUCUCAGUUUUAGCUUUCCUCCCUGUCACAAUAUUCUCUUUGCGUAAGAGCUUCAAACAAGCAUUUGUGGCAGGAACCAUCAUUUCUAUUGCUGUGCUGGCUCUCUCGGUCUUCGUUGACUACUACUACUACAAAAGAUGGACAUCUUCUGUGCUGAAUCUGCUAUUGUAUAAUGUUUUAGGAGGUGGUGAGAGCCACUUAUAUGGGGUUGAAGGACCACUGUUUUAUUUACGCAAUGGAUUCAAUAAUUUCAAUUUCUCCUUUGUUCUUGCUAUGCUGUUUCCUGUUACAUUGCUUGUGCAUGUUGUGCGGAAGAAGUAUGUUCCAGAGUUGGUGGUGAUCGUCUUACCUGUAUAUAUUUGGCUUGGAUUUAUGUCUUUGCAGCCACACAAGGAAGAAAGGUUUCUUUAUCCAAUCUAUCCACUAAUAUGUGUGGCUGCAUCAGCAUUUGUUGAAAGUAUGCCUGAUCUUUUUCGUGAUAGGUUCAACCCUAAUGAUAAGUCCCUGCUUGUUUUGAUAGCAAAAUUUUUCAGGCCAAUUAUCCUUGGCUUUAUAUUAUGUGUGUCCCAUUCACGCACAUUCUCCUUGAUUCAUGGAUACUCGGCUCCUCUUGAGAUCUAUAAGCAUUUGCAGUACCAUGAAGAUGCUGGAGAUGGUUCAACUCUGUGCGUUGGUAGUGAAUGGCACAGAUAUCCUUCUUCAUUCUUCAUCCCUGAUUACGUAUCCCAUGUGCGCUGGAUUGAUGAUGGAUUCCGUGGUCUUCUUCCUUUUCCAUUUAAUGCAAAACUCGGUGGAACUUCAGCUGCUCCUCCUUAUUUCAACAACAAGAACAAAGCAGCAGAUCAACAAUAUCUCCAGGAUCUUGAAGCCUGUACGUUGUUUGUUGAACUGCACUUGAAACGUCCUGUUGCUUACCGUGGAAGUGAUUUGUCAACAUGGGAGGUUGUUGCUGCUUUACCUUACUUAGAUAGAGAAUUCUCACCUCCCUUGCACCGGUCCUUCUUUAUCCCAUACUUUUGGCAAGAGAAAAAUGCUUUCGGCAUGUACAAGCUUCUUAGACGAAUAUCAAGAUGAGCUGCAUGAUGCAUCAGAUUUGAUUGAACCAAAGCAUAUGUACUUCUAACUAAAUUUCAACAUGGUUUGAUCCAUUUAUGGACGAGGCUUUGAAUUUUUCUUAGAACUUCGAUAGAGGAACUUGAGGUUAGUCAAAAACUUUUCGUUUUGCUUUUUUAGUCUCAAUGCUAAAAUCCGGCACUUGUUCUUUUUAAUUUUAGCAGUUUUGAGACAAAGACUUGCUUUUUCUAGCCGAGGUACUCUCUCUAUGUAUUGUAGAAUUUGUUACAAGGAUAAAAUUUGGUAGUGGAAGAAGUAUGUGAAUGGUAUGAAAAGAUAAAUUAAAUGUGUGAAUGAGAAUCAAAAAAAGAGCGUAGACUAUUAAUGAGUUGGUAUUGUUGAACUUUUUAUUUUAUGUAUAAAAUAACAUAGUUCAGUUUAAUGAGAUCAUGUUUGAUUCA